AUGAGCUUCUCCAUCACCCCACGAGUCUUUUCCGUCUUGUGCCUGGCGGUUGCAUCUGUUGCCGGCCAGUGGAGCGGAAAUUACAACACGACGAGCGUGCCGCGCCGUCUGGACCCUGCGGCCAAAUGCUGGAUCAAGAGCCUGGCCCAGAGGCCCUACACGGCCAUCUACCCGUGCACCUGUACUGGCGGCGAGGUCUGGCCCGACUGCAAUUGGCAGGAUGCGUUGCUUUUCAACGCUGUCAGAAAUGCAGACUGCAGGUGUGCCACGACGGGAGAUCUACAAAACGAGCCUGAGAGCCUGAAGGCGUAUGGCCAGAAGAAGCCUAACGCGGUGACGCAGUGCCUCUGUGAUCCCGUGGCCGGCAACGAGGCCGACACCGAUGGGUUGGUUGUGCCAGCUCCCGACUGCUGGUGCCCGGCCCAGUCUCUUAAAGAGAAGAGCGGGUUGUCCGAGGCCAAGGAGAGCCAGGUCGUUCCGGAGACGCCUCCUUGCGGCGCAUCUAUCCAGCAGUGCCGCGACGAGUUGAACAAGAGCGGCCAUCCUCCGAAGAACGUCUGCCAGCAUUUAAUGCAGUAUAAACCUACGGAAAUUUCCGAACCUCUUAAGAGCCGUCUACCAAACUGCAGCAUUUCUUCCCUCACUGAAGUCUGUAAGGGUAUUUAA